UCAGAAAGUGUUAGUGCUAAGGACUUUGAAAAUAUGAAGGACAUAAUGGAGCUUGUGAUAGAUAAAUUUGCAAUUGGACCGGACAAGGAGCGUGUUGCGGUUAUUCAGUACGGCACCGACCCAAAUGAGGAGCUUUCCUUAAAUAAAUUUGACGAUAAAGCUGUAUUAUUACAGAAAAUCAGAAAUAUCAAACAGAUGAAUGGAAAAACGUAUACUGGAAAAGCACUUACAGAAGUAUUACAGUCUUUUUUUGACAUUUCUAAAGGAGGACGAUCCAAUGCUCUGAAGUUCUUGAUAGUUCUUACGGAUGGAGAGAGUAGGGAUGAUGUAGCCGAGCCUGCUAAAGUCUUGAGAGACAAUUCCAUCAACAUUAAUGCCAUUGGUAUGAGACAUGCAAACAGAUCUCAGAUUCUUGCCAUUGCUGGAUCCCAUGAUGGAGUGUUCUUUGAAGAUGCCGUUGCAUCCCUAAAAGAAUUGAGCAAUGACGUCCUUCUCAAGAUCUGCAACACGGAAUGCAAGAGACCCGAACUGAUUGACAUAAUCUUCCUUGUUGACACCUCUGGAAGUCCCAAUAAAGAUGGUUUUCAGGAAAUGAUAAACUUAAUGAAAUAUACGGUAAGCAAAUCUGUGGUUGGAGAAAAACGGGUACGAUUUGGCGCCGUCACCUACUCUAAUAACCCUCGUUCGGAGUUCACACUAAAUAAGUACUACAGUCAAACUGAUAUUCUGAGGGUUAUCUCAAACCUCAAAGCUUCAGGAGGAAGCAGAAACACAGCCCAAGCCCUGAACUAUGCACUCUCCUACUUUGGUGAUACACAUGGUGGACGACGAGCAAAGAAUGUUCCCCAAGUGCUAUUCCUGAUAACAGACGGCAAGGUUAAUGACUUAAGUGGUCUGGCUACAUGGCCUGAAUCACUGACAAAUUCAGAGGUCAACUUUUUUGCUAUUGGUACCGAAGAUGCAGAUGAACAACAGCUAAAGGAGAUGGUGGAAAAUAAAGGAAGAGUGCACUAUGCAAACACCUACCAGGAUCUGCGUGGACUACAAAAACGGAUCACCCAAGAGCUCUGCAAUCUUACCAAACCAAUUUGUGAGAUGGAGGUAUCAGACAUUGUUUUUUUAAUUGAUGGAUCAGAGACUAUUAUGGAUGCAAGUUGGAAUACUCUCAAAAAAACCAUGAUUGGCAUUGUGAAAGAGCUGGAUAUUGCUCAAGACAAAUGGCGAGUGGGUGUUGCCCAGUUCAGCCGUGAAUUCCAGAAGGAGUUUUACCUGAACAACUACACUAGUUUUACAGAAGUGGAGAAAGCUAUAAAUGACAUUGUACAACAAAAGCAGGGCACAAGUACUUGGGACGCCCUGAGAAAUAUUAGAUACUAUUUCACAAAAGAGAAUGGAUCCAGAAUAGAUGAUGGAGUCGCUCAGAAUCUCCUGCUGAUCACAGAUGGAUAUGCUAAUGAUGCAAAGGACUUGAAUGCAUUAAGUUAUCUCAAAAACAAGAACAUAUUAAUAACUGUUAUUGGGGUUGGCAAUGAUAUAAAGAAAUCUGAGCUGCGUGAAAUAGCUGGAUCACCUGAGCGGGUUCUUAUUGAGACUUUUGAAGGCCUUAAACUGAAUACUACCAUAAGGAAAGUGUUACAUUUACUCUGUACAAUCCAUUGUUUUGUUAAAACAGGUUGCGAUAUUGACAUUGCCUUUGGGUUUGACGUGUCCAGACGAACAAUCACGGAAACUCUGUUGACACCUCAGGUGGAACAGUUGGUUACUGCAGCCAUUCACCGUAUCUCUGUGAUGGGUGAUCUAUGCUGCAUUGAAAAGGAAAAUAUUACAACUAGAUUUGGCUAUAGGCUUGUGUCUGGACGCGAUGGGAGUGUUCUGGAAAAUUUGGGAUUUGAGGAGUACAAGGAGGAUGUGGUCAAGAAAGUGAUGUUAUUGCGACCUACGGCGCCCCUGGCUUUCAACGAGUUCCUGUUAGAAUCCUUCAGAGAAAUGUUUGCCUCCUCCAGUGUUAAGGUUUUGAUAAUCUUCACAGAUGGGCUAGAUGAUAACAUUCAGCGUUUAAUGGCGAGUUCAGGGAGACUUAAGGAAAGUGGAGUCAGCGCACUGCUGAUUGUGUCUUUGGAGGGAAUAAUGGAUGUUCACCAGCUGGAAUUUGGCAGAGGUUUCGGCUACAUGCAGCCACUGACCGUCAACAUGCUAAAUUUAGGCAACGAUCUUAUGAAACAGGUUGAAACAGUGGCACUGAGGAAAUGCUGUGAUGUACAUUGUUCAUGCACCGGUGUUCCUGGACCACGAGGACCCCCUGCAAGUGCAGGGCAAAAGGGCCUUACUGGUCAGAACGGCCAUCCUGGAUUUCCAGGAGAUGAAGGUAGUAUGGGAGAGCAAGGAUCACCAGGGCUGAAUGGAACUACGGGACAUAAAGGUUGCCCUGGAAACAGAGGAAUCAAGGGCCAGAGAGGCUACACUGGAAAAAAAGGAGAAGAUGGGGAGGAUGGGCUGGAUGGAGUGGAUGGAGAACAGGGUGAUGCUGGCCUAAAUGGGCUUCCAGGACCUAAAGGAGACCUGGGCAGGGCUGGUGUGAAGGGUUUCAGAGGCAGUCCUGGACCUAAGGGACACAGCGGACUGAGAGGAGAUCCUGGUGCACCAGGAAUAGACAACACAAUUCUAGGUCCAAAAGGCAAGAGAGGAGAUACUGGGCUUCCGGGUGACCAGGGCCCUAUUGGACCCCCAGGCAGACUUGGAGAUAACAGUGAUCUUGGUGCUCCAGGAAGAAAAGGCCGACCAGGAUUGCCGGGUGCAUCUUCAAAUGAAAAAGGAGAAGCUGGACAGCCAGGGCCUCCUGGUUACCCUGGACAAGUGGGACAACCAGGCCCAAAAGGGUUUCAGGGAGACAGUGGUCCUCCAGGUGUACCUGGGAUUCAGGGUACCUUUGGCUCACCUGGACCUGAAGGUUCAAAGGGAGUUCGAGGACACAGAGGGCCAAGGGGUCCACCUGGUGACUCAGGACCCAAGGGAACGCUGGGACCAGAGGGAUUCAAAGCGCCUCCAGGACAAGAUGGAAGAGACGGUUAUGGACCUUCUGGGCCUAAAGGACACAAGGGAAACAUUGGAUACUUUGGCCUCCCUGGUUUGCAGGGUGAGGAUGGCACCAAAGGAUCCAGUGGAAGUAAAGGACAUACAGGUUAUCGAGGAAAACCGGGAAACACUGGUCGUCCGGGUCCUCCAGGUGCUCCAGGAGAGAACGGGAUGGACGGACACAGGGGUGAUAAAGGACCUCCUGGAAUCAGUCCAAUGCCUGAAUGUGACCUGGUCAAAUACAUUCGCAAAAACUGUCCUUGCUGCUCCGAUAAUGGGAGCCGGUGUCCAGUUUACCCCACAGACCUGGUGAUAGCAUUGGACAUGUCUGAGGGUGUGACUCCUCUGGUGUUCGAGCGAAUGCAUUCUGCUGCUCUGUCCUUACUGGAAGACAUAUCCUUUGCUGAAACAAAUUGUCCAUGUGGAGCGCGAGUGUCUGUGAUCUCCUACAGCAGCAAGACCAGGAACCUGAUCCGUUUCGCAGACCACCUUAAGAAGACGGCCCUUCUGGAAGCUGUAAAAGCAGUCGCUCUAGAAAGAACCACAAAAACCAGAGACAUCGGACAAGCCAUGAGCUUCGUGGCCCGGAACGUCUUCAAACGUGUCCGAAAGGGCAGGCUUAUGAGGAAAGUGGCCGUGUUCUUCACAAACGGGCCAUCGAGGGAUGAAUCCAGCCUUGCAACAGCCAUGCUGGAGUUCAAGGCUGCAGACAUUGGCCUCGGAGUGAUCACCUUAAAUCCUGCUGAUGAUGUGAGCCGAGCAAUGCAGGUUGAUGACACAGGAAGCUACAUUGUUGUUGAUGGCAGAGGAGUAAACCGCAUUAAACAGUGCAUCGUUUGUUUUGAUCGUUGUAACCCAGACCCAGUGUGUGGUGUAAUUCUGUGCCCUCAGCCCCUGCAGAUGGAUUUGGACCUCUCUGUGCUGCUGGAUGGGUCUGAUAACCUGAACACUCAACAGUAUGUAAAUGCGAAGGAGCUCCUUCUUUCUCUGUUGGACCAGAUCGGUGUGAGCAGCGAGCCGAGCAGAGCAGACGGGGAAACCCGAGUGUCCGUCUACCAGCAGAGCUCUAUUUACGGCUCCUCUUACAUCAACGAGGAGUUCAGCUUCACUAAAUUUAAAGAUCGCAAUAUCAUGAAGAGGCAUAUUACUAAUACAGUGAAGCAAGUGGGCGGGACAUCCCAUCCUGAGUUUGCUUUGGAGUGGCUAAUUACUAACGUUAUCCUUAAAGCAGAAAGGCCACGAAGCAAACGAAUGGUCAUGGCUGUUUUUGGUGAAGACUCUGAGCACAGCAAAGCGCAUCUUGAUUAUUUAUCUAGAUUGUGUAAGUGCCAGAAUGUUGUUAUGUUUAUCCUCAUGGCGGGACAGAGAUUCGACUGGACUCGGAUGGAGGAGCUCACCAGCUCUCGUCUGGAGCAGCACCUGGUAUUCCUGGAUGACAGAGAUUACAGCACACGCUUCGCUUACGCCUUCCUGCGUAUGCUCCACAGAGGAAUCUUACCCCGGUCAUCAAUACAGCCUCGUGACUGUCGUAGUUUUGUGUUGAGACCUGUUGAAUCUGGACCAAAAACCACAGAGAGAGAUAUUCUGCCCACUAAAGCACCCACCGAAGAGCUCAUUGAAACAGAGGAACCUCUGGAAGAUUAUGAAGAUGUUUAUAAUGAGCAAAACAUAGAACCAAUCACUGAACCCAGUCAACCUGAUGACAUUGAACGAUUUACAGGAGAGCACAAAGAGGACCAUACCGAGCCCCCGAAAACUAAAGCACGAUGCUUCCUAGAGAAAGAUUCUGGCCAUGUGUGUGGAUCGUAUAUGUCCAGAUGGUACUACAGCCAGCAGACUAAGAAAUGCAUGCGCUUCUGGUACGGUGGUUGUGGUGGAAAUGAAAAUCGAUUCUUGACAGAGGAUGAGUGCUUUAGGGAAUGUGUGUCUACAGAAUCUGAAAAUCUUCCACAGGAUGAUUCCAUUUCCAAGGACAUUUGCCAGGUCAAACUCGACGUAGGAACUUGCUCAAACUUUUCAGUGAAAUGGUACUACGACGUCAGCAGUGGCCAAUGUUUCCGGUUCUGGUACGGAGGCUGUGACGGGAACAGCAACAGAUUCAACACUCAGAAGGACUGUGAGAUUCGCUGUCUCAGGGCCAGAAAAGUAUCUCCAAACAUCUAAACUAUUGAACAUCAGUUGAAUUUACAAAGAAUUCAGAAUCCAUUUAUGUACUUUUGGCAGCUUCUGCUUUCAUGAUCAUAUUCUCAUCACGACUGUCAAAGGGUUUUAGCUAAAUGUAAAUGUAUAUUUAUCUAAAUUUGAGUGUAGGAAAGAUUUGAUUACAAGAGCAGAAUUUGUUUAAAGAUGAAGUUUAUAAUGAUGCAUCAUUAGCAGCACCAGAUAUAACUGUAAAAAUAAUGGUUCAGUUUGAAUAAUUUCAGCCAUUGCUUUAUUAAACGUGUAGGCCCACCUGAAACUCACGCCAUUGGCUGAGACAAUGUUUUUGACAUCUUAAACGCACGGAUUACACUUCUGUUUG